AUGAUUGUAGCGAUUGUGGGGUGCACGCACGGAGAGCUGAACUUAAUUUACUCAACCUUGGAAAAAAUAGAAGAGGAUAAUAAUUUUAAGGUGGACCUUCUAAUAUGCUGUGGGGACUUUGAGUGCGUACGAUAUAGUGUAGAUAACGAAUGUUUGAAUGUACCGAAUAAAUAUAAAAAAGAGCAAAAUGAUUUUAAGGACUAUUAUACAGGGAAAAAAAAAGCUAAGGUAUUAACAAUAUUUGUGGGGGGAAAUCAUGAAGCAGUGAACGUUUUGAAGCAACUGUAUUAUGGUGGAUGGGUUGCACCAAAUAUAUAUUUUUUAGGAUAUUCAAAUGUACAUAAUAUAAAUAAUUUAAGAAUAUGUAGUCUUAGUGGUAUAUAUAAAAAAUACAAUUAUUACAAAAAAUAUAGUGAAUGGUACCCCUAUACGGAUAUAACCAAAGUAAGUGCAUAUCAUAUACGUAAAUAUGAAAUAGAAAAAUUAAAAUUAAUAAAAGAAAAAAUAGAUAUUGUAAUAACACAUGAUUGGCCAAAUAAUAUAGAAAAACAUGGUGAUAUCAAUGAAUUACUUAGAAGGAAAUUUCAUUUUCAGUCAGAUGUAUAUAAUAAUACAUUAGGAAACCCACAUACAGAAAUAUUAUUAAAUAAAUUAAAACCAUAUUUUUGGUUUGCAGCUCAUUUACAUGUUAAGUAUUCUGCAAUUUAUGUACAUAAUGAUAAAAUGAAUUAUACUCGUUUCCUCUCUUUAGAUAAAGCAGAACAGAAUAAACAUUUUAUACAAAUUUUAAAUAUUGAAAAAAGAAAUGAUAUGCUGCACCUUAACUUUGACCACCUACCCAAAAUUUUCGGUACAUAUCACAAUAUUAGUAUUAAUAAUAGUAGUAGUAAUAGUAAUAACCAUCAUGGGAAAGGGCAUAAUUUUGGUGUAGACUAUGAAGAGAUGCUACAGCAUAUGGAGGAUAUUCAGAGGGGAGAAACUGCAGCUGUGGAAGGGGAAAGUCAAGAGGUAGUAACAGGUGGAGGAGGGACAGAUAACAAAUAUAAUAAUGAUAACACUGAUGUUAUGGUGGGAGAAGAGAAUGAAAAGGAGGAAUUGGUUGUAAUAGAUAAGGACGACCAGAGAAGUAAUCAGAUGGGUAUUAAGAAAGGUAUGAAUGAUGGCAUAAAGGUGUGCAUAAAUGAUCAUAUAAAGGAACACAUGGAAGAUGGUACAGAAGAUGGUACCGAAGACGGUGUUGGCCAAAAAGAAGAAACAACAAAUGAUGAGGAGAACGUAAACAAUAACAAUUCAAAUAAAGAGAGUGACGAGGAUAUAAACCAUGAAGAACUUAAUAAGUUUUUAGAGAAAGAGGAAGAGGAAUUAUUAGAAGAUAUUAGUAUGAAUGAAAAAAAAAAAUAUUAUUUAUGUUAUGAUAUGGAAUGGUUAGCAAUACUAAAAGCGAAUCAUAACCUUAUCUCAAUCAGUAGUGACAAAGAUUACAAUUUAGAAAAAUUGAAGUACCCAUCAAAAGAAGACUUUGAAUAUAUUAAAACGAAAUUAAAAAAUAUAGAAAAAAUUACUAUUAAUGAAAAAGAUUAUUAUUUAGUUCAUGGAUAUACCAAUCCCAAUUAUAAAAAUUUAUGUGCACAGAGACAAUUUUUUUUAGAUCGAUUUGAAUUUGAGGAACUGAGUAUUUAUAAUGAAUCCGAAAUGGACUUUUUUACCGAAGAAAUGAAAAGGUUGGAAGCGACAGAUGCAAGUGAAGCUAUUGAUGCAAGUGAAGCUAUUGAUGCAAGUGAAGCUAUUGAUGCAAGUGAAGCCAUUGAUGCGAAUGAAGCCAUUGAUACGAGUGAAGCAAUUGAUACGAGUGAAGCAAUUGAUACGAGUGAAGCAAUUGAUACGAGUGAAGCAAUUGAAGGUACUUUGAAAAAUGUCGAAAAUUUAAAUGAGCCUGGGGAAGUAUGCUCGAGUAUGGACAACUGA